AUGGCGCUGAGCAAACGCUUCGAAAUGACGGAUCUCGGUGAGCUCGAUUACUUUCUCGGCAUGGAGAUCAAGAACGACCGUAAGACGGGAAUGGUGACUGUACAACAAACCAAGUUUCUCAAGUCCGUGUUAACCAAGUUCGGAAUGGAUAACAGCAAGCCAGUGAAGACGCCUCAAGAUCCCGGCCUGAAGCUAACCAAGAACAUGUGUGAACAAGAAUGCAAGCACGAAGACACCAUGUGCAACGUGCCAUAUCGAAGUGCUGUCGGAGGCAUCAUGUAUCUCAUGGUCGCCACACGUCCGGAUCUAGCUGCUGCAGUGGGAUCAUUAUCCCAGUUCUCGUCCGACCCAUGCCCGACUCACUGGCAAGCUUUGAAGCGUGUGCUGAGAUACCUGCAAGCAACGCCCAAUCAUGGUCUUGAGUUUACACGUGAAGAAGGAAGCCGUAUCUGCGGGUACACCGACGCAGACUGGGCCGGCGACAUUGAGUCAAGACGAAGUACAAGCGGCUAUGUGUUCAUGAUGAGCGGAGGAUGCAUCAGCUGGAAAAGCCAGAAACAACGGACGGUCGCGCUAUCUUCAACAGAAGCAGAAUACAUGGCGCUUUCCGAAGCAACCAAAGAAGCAGUAUGGCUCAAAGUGCUUUUGGGGGAACUUGGUGAGAUGACAAGCGACGAAGCGAUCAAGAUGUAUGAAGACAACCAAGGAUCAAUCGCUCUCGCCAAGAACCCGGAGUUCCAUAAGAGAACAAAACACAUCGACAUACGCUACCAUUUUGUGCGUGAGAAGGUGGAAUCAGGUGAAGUCGUUUUGGAGUAUUGCCCGACUCAAGAUAUGCUGGCAGACAUGAUGACCAAGCCGAUCGCCGCUGUACAAUUUGAAAACAUUCGCGAUCGACUUGGGAUCCAAGGUGUUGCAUUGUAG